CUACCCCGACGGAAAGGAGUUAAGGGUGGUCAGAUGAUAGCGAGCUGCGACUGGUGGUGGAAGGAGACGCGACUACUCCUCUUCGGGACUUUGUGUAGAGCCGCUAGACUCGUGCAGUAGACGAUAAACAAACGCAAAACUUCAACUUAACGCUGUUUAUUUCCUUUUAUCGUAGAUUUUAGUUCGAGUUUACCAGAAGCACGUAAAACUUUUUAAAUGCAACGCUGUUUGAUUUAUGAGAAAACGAUGGCAGCCGAGACGAGGAACGGCGGGAGUUCACUGAACAACAACAACUGCAAGGACCACAGCAGGAGGAAGCUGCUGGUCGGAGUGGACCUGUUCUGCUUGUUUUUAGUUUUGCUCGUUGCUGUGUUUUUGCACAAAUCCCCAUUCCCACCGUACCAGAGAGGAUUCUUCUGCAGCGACGACAGCAUAAAACUGCACUACAAGAAAAGCACGGUGUCCACCACGGUGCUCAUAGCAGUGGGCUUCUCUGUGCCCGUGGUCUCAAUCAUAAUUGGAGAGAGCUACAGGAUCUACUUUCUGAACGAGGGAUCCAAGUCCUUUGUGGGGAACCCCUACAUUUCCGCUCUCUACAAGCAAGUUGGAGUGUUCAUAUUUGGCUGUGCCAUCAGCCAGUCCUUCACUGACAUUGCCAAAGUGUCAGUGGGCCGCAUGCGCCCCCACUUCCUCGAUGUGUGCAAACCAGACUUCUCCACUAUCAACUGCUCUCUGGGCUAUAUCACUGAGUAUCACUGCCAGGGGCAAGAGAGCAAAGUUCAAGAGGCCAGGAAGUCCUUCUUCUCUGGACAUGCAUCAUUCUCCAUGUACACCAUGCUUUAUCUGGUGUUUUAUCUGCAAUCUCGUUUCACCUGGCAUGGAGCCCGCCUGCUGCGCCCUUUGACCCAGUUCACCCUCAUCAUGAUGUCCUUCUACACUGGCUUGUCCCGCGUCUCCGAUCACAAGCACCACCCCACUGAUGUCUUGGCUGGAUUUGUUCAGGGAGCCCUGGUGGCCUACUGCAUAGUAUUCUUUGUGUCAGAUUUGUUCAAGCCUAAAGGAAGACGUUCUACAUUGUCUCCAACCCCAGUGAAGAAAGAUCUGGUACCUGUGGUAGACAUCAGAGAGCGGAGCAACCCUCUCAUCAUGGCAUAGAGAAGGCUGCCUACCGACUGUGUAUAUAACCCUGACCUGUGCCUUUUUUUAAGUGACACUGCCACUACUACCACUAGUCAGUAUUGGAUGAAAUGGACUCCAGCGCUCUGAAAAAUACAGACGAUAAUGGAAUAUCUCAGUGGAUGACAAGAAGCUGCGGAAAAACAGUGAAGCAAGUUACGCUGUCUCAGUGGGAAAAUUUCAUCUUUUCCUUCAGUCUCACAAGACAUUUUAAUGUGGAAAAAAAAGGAGACUACCUUCUUUUUCUAAUGCAAGGGAUAUUGGUCCCUCGUCUUCUGUUAUGAAGAUCAUUGGAGAUUCUCCACUGUUAAAAACUUAGAAAUGGCAGCUGCUCUCACCCCUCGGCUGCAUCCAGCGUGAGGGUUACGCUCAUAUACCUGCCACAAACUCACUGUGUGACUAACAGAUCACGACAAGAAAACAAAUUCCUCAAUGUCAGGAAGGAUGGUAGUUUGGUUUUAUUACGAGCAUUGUACGUGUGAUUAAUAGCACUAUUUUAGCUAAACUUUUAACUGUUUGUCACCACUUGAAUGACCUGAAGUGAAGCUUUUGAAAAGCUUUGUAAGCCUUUGUAAACUGUAAUUAUGUGCAUAAUGUAAUAUUCCUUAGAAGGGGUUCCUAAGUUAGCUGGGACGUACAGUGAAGGUGUGUGUUUUGGAUGAGGGCCUCUUUCUGCUGGCUAGGACGAGCCCCCACUGAGCCAUUUAAUGAAAUGACUGUCUGUUAUAUGUACCAGACGGGUGCUCACAAGUGUUAGGUCAGAGUGUGUGUGUGAGUGUGUGUGGGGGAGAGAGAGAGUGUGUGUGUGUGGGGUGUGUUUUUGGUUGUAUGCUCAUGUGUUUUUUUUCCUGUGUGUGUGUGUUUGGUUGAGGCCUUUCUGUGAGCUUGCCAGUGAGUCUUAAUGUCAAGGUUAUAUAUUUCAGAGUUUAUAGCCUACAAAUGUGCCUCUCUGCGGCCAGUGAGCAGGCACCUGUUCCAACAGAGACAUGUCACCGGAGACGUGGAAAAAGAGCAUCAUGUCCAGUAUGUGUCCUGAUCAUACUCACGGUCCACAUCCUCACUUUGGAUGCUAUGCAGGCACAUUUAAACGAAGACCUCCUAGAGCAGUCACCUACCGUAGCCUGUCAGCUCCGAGGCACAAUUUAGCGAAAGUGUGAAAAAUAUUGUGGCACAUUGUUAAUGCUUAAUAUCACAAUAGAGCCGGCGAUGAGGCUCUGCAUUAGAAAACACAAACAAGUUAUGAUGAUGCUAAUACGUUUGCAUGAUUUCAAUGUGAUUAACUCUUUAGCAAAAAAUUAUAAUGAUGAAACCACUCACUGAGCAUUAUCCUCAGUUUUAAACGACGCUGAGUUUAUUCUCCAUACGUUUAUUGAAAGCAUACCAUAUACAACAUCAGAAAGUUGUAGGUGCUACCAUACAUUGUACAGUGUUGUACCAUGUGUAUAUAUAUAUAUAUACAGUAUAUAUACAGGAUAUGUUUUGGAGAAAUGUCCACUAUGACUUUUUUGUCGAGACCUGUGUAAAUGUAAAACAUGCUGCUCGAAGAGGCAAAGCUUCGCAAAUGCCAUCCAGUAAAGUUGACAACUUGUGAAUAUAUGUUUUUUGAAAAAAAAAAAAAAACAAAGCUCUCAACGCAGAUUUAAUACAUUUUUAUGUGUACAAACGAAAUCCCUUUCAGUAUUUUUGUAACGUGGUGAAACUUUGUACAAUGAAAUCUGUAAGACGUAUCAAAGAUAAAAAUGUCUUUAAUAAAACAAACAAAAAAAAAAAGAUCAAGAGCAUGUUGAUAUUGUGAUGUUUAUUUAAUCUUCUGUGCCACACUUGAGAGAAUAAAAAUGUCAGCCUCUUGUUCUA